AUGAGGCUCCGUACUUCCAGGAAUUUGUUUGCACCUCUUGAUCCGGAGAAGGCUCCUCUCCCGCCAGCUUUUUCUGGAGAACGCCCAGGUGCUGUUGGAAUUCGAGCUGCUACGGACGCCUGGGCGUCAAGUUCCGCCAAGCCAAAGCUGUUAGUACAUCUCUUCAGCAAUUCCGGCAUGCACACCUGGACCGAGCUCUUGCAGGCAUGGGGGUCGUUGAGUUCCAGCGCGAACCUCGAGGAGCAAGGUAUUUCCCUUGCGAUGCCGCUGCCGCCCAUUGCAGAAGUGCUCCGAGGGGUGAUCCUGGAUUCGGCCCCGGAUGGCUCCGUCCCGCUGGACGCCUGCAUCCAGAGCCUGGUGCAGUCCGUGGCGGCCGUGGUGUCGCUGGCGGUCUCCUCGAACCAUGAUGGCUCGGAGGAAGCAAGGAAGGAAGCUGAGAUCAGCAGCAAGCGUGCAGUGUCGGCCAUCAUUGCUGGGAGCUCUGUGGUGAAGGCGCAUCUCUAUCGGAAGCCGGCGAAGAUGUUGACCAAGAAGGCGAGCGCGGACACGGUGGUGGUGCACUCACUGGAGCCUCCAGUGCCCAUGCAGUUCAUCUACUCCAAGGAUGACAAUAUCAUUCUGGCGCCUGGCGUCGAACGGUAUUUGCAGGAGGUGAACGAGCGGCCGAGCCGGCAGGGCUUGGCCAAGCCACGUGUAUGGUGCAUCGAGAAGUCCAGGCAUUGCAUGCACAAGCUCUCUCGCCCCGAAGAAUACAGGAAGUGCCUCACGGUCUUUGCCCAGAGCACCAUGGGUUGA